CUGAGCACCUGACAGCGGUGCUCCAUCUCACGCAAAAGCGCAUUAGUACUCUCGCCUGUGCCCUAAUUUCUCGGGCCUGCCACUUGCUUCUUGACGUCACAUUUCAUCGACUCGUCAGGCGGCAUCUAUUAUUUGGUGCGCAGCCUUGACUUUGAGUGAGAUUGGCCUCAGGGUCGACGUUGAUGUCUGACAUCCCGUUGCACUCUCUCGGACGCAAAGGAAAGACACGAGCCGGGUACGUUCCUCUGAACGACGCCCAGGAUAACGACGCCCAGGAUACCGAUAUGCGCACGAGUGUUCUGAGAACUGCUGCGGCACGCAACGUAAACUUGACUGCAAAGGGAAAGGGCAAACAGCGCGAACGAUACAUAGACGCAGACGACUUUGAUGAGGAGGCAACUUUGCUUGGGAACAGGGACAGUACGCUGGAAGAGGUUGAAGAGGGAAAUGUAGGUGAACAAUCGAAAAGGCGUUCAUCGAGACAGCGACCGUCGAGUAUACAUAAGACGCAGGACAAGUCCAGGACAAUACCAUUCAGACCAGCAGAAAAAUUACAAUCAAGGUUCCCGCCCAACCUCGUACGGAAUCAGAAAUACAACAUAUUCACUUUCUUUCCUAUCGUCAUCUACGAACAGUUCAAAUUCUUUUUCAAUCUCUACUUCCUUCUCGUCGCUCUAUCCCAGUUUGUUCCAGCACUCAAGAUCGGAUUUAUUGUUACAUAUGUCGCACCCCUCGCAUUCGUGCUCUUCGUCACAAUGGGAAAAGAAGCCUAUGAUGACUACAAACGCAAUCUCCGCGACCGCGAAGCAAACUCCCAGAAAUACCUCAUCCUCGUUCCCUCCUCCGACAGCGGUCCGCAUACACGCUCUGUCCCUUCCUCUUCCCUCAAGGUGGGCGACUUCGUCGUACUGGAGAAGAAUCAGCGUGUACCGGCAGAUAUGAUCCUUCUGCGCACGAGCGAUGCUUCUGGAACGUGUUUCAUCCGAACUGACCAGCUCGACGGAGAGACGGACUGGAAGCUUCGUGUCGCAGUUUCUGCUACUCAGAAGCUUGUUAACGACAGGGAACUACUAGAUUUGGAUGCGGAAGUUUAUGCCGACGCUCCAAUCAAGGACAUUCACACUUUUAUCGGGACGUUUACGAUACACACACCUCGCACGCAUUCUGUUGAUGAUGUGCCCAUGGUACAGGUCCCCGCUGUUGAGCCCCUGUCUGCAGAUAAUGUCUUAUGGAGCAACACCGUAUUAGCUGCGGGUUCUGCUGUUGGAUUCAUCGUAUACACAGGGUCUGAGACGCGCGCUGUCAUGAACACGAGCCAUCCUGAGACCAAGGUUGGUCUGCUGGAUCUGGAGAUCAAUAGACUUGCCAAGAUUCUUUGCGCAGUGACGUUCGCGUUAUCUUUUGGACUCGUUGCGUCGAAUGGGUUCAGGGGCCAGUGGUAUAUCUAUGUAUUUCGUUUCCUCAUAUUGUUUUCGUCUAUCAUCCCCAUAAGCUUGCGUGUAAACCUUGACAUGGGCAAGACGGUCUACGCACAGCAAAUAAUGAACGACUCUGAGAUUCCUGGCACAAUCGUCCGCACGAGCACACUGCCUGAGGAGCUGGGACGCAUAGAGUACCUUCUUAGCGACAAAACUGGGACCCUUACGCAAAAUGUGGGAACUAUGUCCUACGGUUUUGACAGUAUGGACGAAGUUGCUCACCAGCUUGCGAGUGCAUUUGGUGCUGAUCAAGCUCAUGCAAGAAGCAAUUCAAUAGCUACAGGCGCACAGCUUGCCAUGAGAGGACGGAGGGAUAUGUCGUCAAGGCUCCGAGACGUAGUGCUCAGUCUUGCACUUUGCCACAAUGUCACUCCAGUCACCAACGACGAUGGCACCUUGACCUACCAAGCCUCCUCCCCGGACGAAGUCGCAAUCGUGAAGUGGACGGAAAGCGUCGGCCUCACGCUCGUCUUCCGCGACCGCACACGCAUAGAGCUCCAAACGCCCACCGGCGCACGUCUCACCUACGACAUUCUCGACAUAUUCCCAUUCACGAGCGAGUCCAAGCGCAUGGGCAUCGUCGUGCGAGACGCACACAGCGGCGAGGUGCUUUUCUUGCAAAAGGGCGCGGAUGUCGUCAUGGCUCGCAUCGUGCAGCGGAAUGACUGGCUGGAAGAGGAGACGGGGAAUAUGGCGCGCGAGGGUUUGCGUACGCUCGUCGUUGCACGUAAGCGGCUAACUCCGCAGCAGUAUGCGGCAUUUAAGACUGCGCACCAUGCUGCCAGUAUCCGGCUUGAUGGACGCAGCGAGGCGAUGAUUUCUGUCGUUGCAGAGCACCUGGAGCAUGACUUGGAGUUGCUUGGCCUGACAGGUGUCGAGGAUAAGCUGCAGGACGAGGUGAAAGGGACACUAGAACUACUCAGGAAUGGGGGAAUCAAGAUUUGGAUGCUUACUGGCGAUAAGAUCGAGACGGCGCGUUGUAUUGCCAUUUCGACGAAACUGGUAGCGCGGAAUCAGUAUAUUCAUGAGGUAGCCAAGUUAAAGACUUCUGAUCAAGUCAGGGACGAGCUGGAGUUCUUACAGUCGAAGCUGGAUUGCUGUCUGGUGAUUGAUGGCGAGUCGUUGCAGCUCUGUUUGAACCUGUACAAGAACGAGUUCAUCGAGAUUACAACCAAGCUAUCGGCCGUCGUUGCUUGUCGAUGCUCUCCCACCCAGAAAGCAGAUGUCGCAAGAUUAAUCCGGCAUCACACCAAGAAACGUGUUUGCUGUAUCGGAGACGGUGGUAAUGAUGUCAGCAUGAUACAAGCCGCUGACGUUGGUGUUGGUAUCGUUGGAAAAGAAGGAAAGCAAGCAUCCCUCGCUGCCGACUUCUCCGUCACCCAGUUCAGCCACCUCACGAAGCUCCUCAUGUGGCAUGGCCGCAACUCAUACCGUCGUUCUGCAAAACUCGCUCAAUUUGUCAUCCACCGCGGCCUCAUCAUCUCGAUCAUGCAAGCCGUUUUCUCAGCUAUCUUCUACUUUGCCCCGAUUGCGUUGUACCAGGGGUGGUUGAUGGUAGGGUAUGCGACGAUUUAUACCAUGGCGCCUGUUUUUUCGCUAGUUCUGGAUUGUGAUGUGAACGAGGAUCUUGCGUUGAUAUAUCCGGAGUUAUACAAGGAACUGACCAAGGGACGUGCUCUAUCUUUCAAGACGUUCUUCCAAUGGUUGAUGAUUAGUCUAUACCAAGGCGCAGCCAUCAUGAUAAUGUCUCUCCUCUUAUUCGAAACUGAGUUUUUAAACAUCGUGUCCAUCUCUUUUACGGCUUUGGUCAUCAACGAACUCAUUAUGGUUGCACUAGAAAUCACAACCUGGCAUAUUUAUAUGGUCAUUUCGGAAGUAGUCACCCUUUUCUUUUAUGUUAUCAGUAUCGCUUUCUUACCGGAGUAUUUCGACCUCGAUUUUGUCGUGUCCACUCGUUUUGCAUGGAAAGUAGCUGUUAUCGUAGCGGUCAGCGCACUUCCCCUGUACGUCAUCAAGCUCAUCCGUAGUAGAGUCGCUCCGGCAGCGUCGAGCAAGUUGCUAUAAUACUUAUGCACCAUGUAACUUGACGGUCACUCCAAAUCUGACAUCUUUUUAUAAUGUAUUUCUCCUUGUUUGAUCGCAAA